CAGAUCUCUGGGAGUUUGAAACCAGCCUGGUCUACAGAGUGAGUUCUGGGACAGCUAGGGCUAUUGCACAGAAAAACCCUGUCUAAAAAAUGACCAAAAAAAAAAUUGAACACAAAGUCUAGAAAGAAAUUAACAUGCCCUAAGCCUCAGACCACCCAGAAGAAAGACCUGAAUAGGAGCAAACUGGGGGUUAGGGUUUUAAAGCUGCAGGUCCAGUCCUAAAAGGCAUGUUGCUAGGGCUUAGGCUGGGCCUUCAGAGCGGCACAGGUGAACACACCCAGCACUUCUCCCUCAGUUCAUUUAGGAGCAAACUCAACCAGGAAAGUCAACACAGGAGAGCAAUCCACAGGUUCUUCACUCAGAAGUACCUACCCAAAGACUGAAGGAAGAGGAGUUCUCACACCCAUGAGAAAAGUGGCCCUGGGGUCUUCAAAGGCAGCACACCAGGGCCUCAGAAGCAGCUUCCUAGCAGGCACACUUCAGGGCUGGGUGAAGAAUGUCUUGCUUGCUUAUAAAAGGGUCCUCGCAUGUCCUACCCCUUAGGAGGGGAGACAGGGACGCAGCAAGGUAGGACCAGAGUCCUAGUGGGGCCAUGUUUGCUGCCUCUGUCUUGCGUCUGACACUGCUGUUCUUUUGGCUGGUUGCACACCAGCCCGCCCAGCCUGAGAGGCUCUUCCACAGCCGGGACCGUUCGGACCUGGAGCCAUCACCUCUGAGCCAGGCUAAGCCUAUUGCUGACCUCCGUGCUGCUCAGAGAUUCCUACUGAAAUAUGGCUGGUCAGAGAUGCUUAGUCCAAAGGAGUCAGCAGGGGUCCCUGUGGGCUCCACCUUGGCUCAAGCUGUGCGUAGAUUCCAGAAGGCAAACAGACUGCCAGCCAGCGGGGAACUAGACUCACCUACACUGGCAGCUAUGAACAGGCCACGCUGUGGUAUCCCUGACACAAGGCUGCCACCUCAGGCUGCUCUGCCAACCCCACCAGCUCUGCCAACACCUUUAGGUCUUCGGCCCAGGCCCCGACAAAAGCGCUUCCUUCAAAUGCUGCUGCCCAAGCCAGGUGGGCAACAUGACACCUCAGACACUGGGCCCAGCAGGGCCUUCUCCAAGAAGACACUGAGCUGGAGGCUGGUGGGGGAUGCCUACAGCAGCCAACUCUCUGUGGAAGAGCAGAGAUAUAUCUUUAGACUGGCCUUCAGGAUGUGGAGUGAGGUGACACCACUGGACUUUCGGGAGGACCUCACUGCCCCUGGAGCCAUGGUGGACAUAAAGCUGGGUUUUGGGAGAGGCCGGCACCUGGGCUGUCCCAGGGUGUUUGAUGGGAGUGGACAGGAGUUUGCUCACGCUUGGCGUCUGGGUGAGAUCCACUUUGAUGAUGACGAGCACUUCACCCCUCUCUCCAGUGACACGGGCAUCAGCCUUCUCAAAGUAGCUGUCCAUGAAAUCGGCCAUGUCCUUGGAUUGCCUCACACCUACAGGGCAGGAUCCAUAAUGCAACCGAACUACAUUCCCCAGGAGCCUGCGUUUGAGUUGGACUGGUCAGACAGGAAAGCAAUUCAAAGACUAUAUGGUUCAUGUGAGGGAUCAUUUGAUACAGUGUUUGAUUGGAUUCGAAAGGAGAGGAACCAAUAUGGUGAAGUGAGGGUGAGGUUCAACACCUAUUUCUUCCGCAAUAGCUGGUACUGGCUCUAUGAAAAUCGAAACAACAGGACUCGAUACGGGGACCCCCUCCAAAUCCUCACUGGAUGGCGUGGAAUCCCCAUGCAACGUAUAGAUGCCUUCGUCCAUGUCUGGUCAUGGGGAAGAGAUGAGCGAUAUUUUUUUAAAGGAAACCAAUAUUGGAGAUAUGACAGCGAGAAUGACCAGGCACACACAGAAGAUCAACAAGGAAGGAGCUACCCCAAACUGAUUUCAGAAGGCUUCCCUGGCAUCCCCAGCCCCCUGGACACUGCCUUUUAUGAGCGGAGACAGCAAUUAAUUUACUUCUUCAAAGGGUCUUUAGUAUUCCCAUUUGAUGUCAACAGAAACCAAGUACUUAAUUCUUAUCCAAAGAAGAUGAGCCAAGUGUUUCCAGCAGUAAAGCCACAAAACCAUCCAUUCAGAAGUAUUGAUUCAGCUUACUACUCCUAUGCACACAGCUCCAUCUUCUUUUUCAAAGGCAAUUCAUACUGGAAAGUAGUUAGUGACAAGGACAAACAACAGAACUCUCAGCUUCCUCUGAAUGGAUUAUUUCCAAAAAAAUCUAUUUCAGAGAAGUGGUUUGAUGUUUGUGACGUUCAUACCUCUACACUGAACAUGUGAUGAGGACAGAAAUCAAGACAGUGUUAGGACUUACGAAAAGCUCUGAGAAACAGCCAGACUUCUCUGCAAAGAAAACAAACCAGACUUAGUAGUUAAAGCAGAUAUGGUUUCCUAGGCUAAAACUGAACAAGAAAGCAUCCCUUGAACUAUAAAAAUAGAUUUAAGGAUCAGUUAACUUGUGGGAAAAGUAUCUUUUAGAAACAUCAAAUAAUUUACCCUAGGAAAUUCCCAUCUUUUCUUUCAACUUCAUAUGACCUCUGCCAUCCCAAUAGUGCCACCAGUGGUCACAACAUUGUGUGGUACAGAAAUGGCUUUUACAGCACUUAAACUGAGAAUUGAAAUUAGCUAUACUGCAAAAACACUUCAUGACGUGUUUAACACCUGACAGGAACCAAAGGUCCCCAGUGAGUCUUUGUCUGGCACAAUGGAUAGACCUACAUCUCUGCACCCUGCAGUGGUGGUCCUGCUGCCAAAUGCACCUUGUUUGUGCAAAUGGCCUCAUCCCCAACUGGCUGGGGCUCUGCAGAGCAUGACCUUUCUGGCUCACCCUAAUUGGCUUAGUGGUAUAUCUCCUUGCAAAGCAGUGAACACUUAACUGUUUAUGUCCCUCGGGCCAGGCCAUGCCACAACAGGGCUCUGGAAGCUAGCUAGAUAACUAAUUUUCCUAAUCUAAGAGGCAUUAUCCUUAACUUCCAUGCAACAGGGAUUAUGAAUUCUUUUUGUUUUGUUUUACUCUGUGUAGCCCUGGCUGUCCUGGAACUCACACUAGAGACCAGGCUGGCCUGGCCUCAAUCUCAGAAUCUCCUGCCUCUGCUUCCCGAAUGUGAGUGCUGGGAUUAAAAGCGUGCACCAAUGCCCAGCUAGCUUGUGACUUCUUAAUAAACAAAGCCACUGUCAUAUAAUGAUGGUAUCUGGACAAUGAAAUCACCUGAACAAGAUUCAGAAACCUGAGUGGUCAGGCAUCAGAGUCUUCUAAAGGAACAGCUAAACACAUGUACUUCAGGAAACUUUAAUUUAAACCAACAUAAGUAAUUACAACACAGUUGAGAAGGAUCUUUUAUUUCUCCUGCAGAAACGUUCAUGUUAUGGCUAUAAGGCAAAGAGCCGAAAUCUCUACUUCCUUGAUUAAAAACCAUUUUCCUUCUGCCUGAAGGCUUUUGAGCUAAGGAGAGGGGCUAGGAGACAAGCAGUCCUAACACCUCAGCUCAUCUCUAGGGAAACAUGGAGAAAUCUUGUUGAAUUCAUCUGCUCCAGAGGUGUUAUGCUCAGUGGAAGCAGCCAGUCUCUUCAGUGGAGGAAAGGCUGUGUUACUGUGGACACACUCAUUGUAGGGGCAAAAGGACACAGUAGUUGUGAAAUGGGACUGAUGAGGUGGUUCAAAAGCUUUACAAUUUCACCAAAACUUUAGGAGUUUCAGUGAUUCUUAUAAACAGACAAAAAUUUGCUCCAAGGAUAAUGCAAACCAAACAAGGACUAGACAAAUGGCUAGAGAAUCUAAUCUGCCUUGCUGCAAUGGAGGCCAGCUCAAGUGAGACAACCCACAGCUGCAGGUGUGGCUGGACACCAGACUCACCCAAGCAGAAGAGUCUGCUUCAUUUACAUGCUGUACACUUUGUUGAAAGAAUCAGUCACAGCCCCAUAUGCAGUCAGCUUUGGUAACAGGAGAGUAUGAAGGCAUGCAAGUGGGCAAGAUCCCCAGAGCAGCAUGGCACAAGCAGAAUGUUCCCAGGAGCAUGAAUGGGGGCAGCCUUUACCAUAUCUAUGAUGUGCUUCGUAAAGUUUUGCUGAUCACAACCAAAUCAAAUCACAGCAGUGUGAAGAAUGCAAGUGGGAAAUACCAAGGUAUGUUAAAUAAAUAGCUUAUUUAUUCAAAAUAGUUCUCUUACCUUAUUCACAGUUUCGAGUUUAAAAUGAAAAAGUGAUAGUACCUAUUCUUUACCAAUGUCACAGAAAGUCAAAGAAAAGUGAGUCCUUUGAGAACAUGCACUGAAUAGAGACCUGCACAGUAUCAGUCUUCAAAAAAAUCUACACCACAGAUUGGAAAGGGUACACUUCUUGUGCAAUAGAAGGAAAUGCUGAUGUGCAGAGAGUUUCUACUAGCCAUUUGAACCCGUAAAGUCACUUGGAUAAAAGUUUUCUUGGCCAAAGUUAACAUUUUAUCCAAAAUACUCUCAUCUUCCACCCGGUGGCUUAACACACUUCAAGAAUAUCUGUAAGUGUAAUCACAUCAUAGGAAGUCUGCUAUUGCUGAGGAACCAUGCACUUCUCGAGGAAAUACACCGGAAAGCGUUUGGUUCCAUUCUGGUUUUUCACCUUCAAAGGAAGAAGCCAAAGUACCCCACAUCCUCUGCCUGCUGUGGGAAACGAGUCUCCACUGUGGACCUGUUUAAAUGGCAUUUCCUCAUAUUUAAUAAGACUCAGCACCGAGUGGACAGAACAGCUCCGGGUUGGGAAGGCACUGACAUAGAGUCCUCAGGUACAGCUCUGGGUCAGGCGACAGCACUGCCACUUGAGCCGCUGCUCCCAGAGGCAAGCUGCUCCAGCAAACAGAUGAUGACAUCAAUUCUUUCUAGCAGAGUUGAGUUUCUGUUGGCAGUUGCUCUCAAAAGCUGGGAGUAAAUCUGCUUGUUGGUUUGGAGGACUGUGUCUUCUUCAGUGUUACUGCUAGAGUUAAAAACAGACAGAUGAAGGGGCUAGUGGGAGGGGCCAGAAACAACAGGCACUUCCUAGAGCAGCUGCAUUUACCUAUGGUUGCUCAGUGUAUCAAUCAGACCACUGCCUCAGUGGUGAGAAGCCUCACUUAGCACCUCAGCUAACUGAUAAGGCACCGUGAGCAAACAAAAAAGACAUGGUCAAAUACAUGCCACCAAGAGAGUAAAGUGGGAGCUGGGGUUGCUAAGGGCAUGGAGAGGCUAGGUGGCCAUUCCUCUACUAACCAACCCACAUCCCAACUGGAAGCUGCACUCUGGCCUCAGACUCAAGAUUCAACUUCUUCCAAUUGCACAGAUCAUGCUUUUCCUUAACCUGUCACCCACUGAACUAAAUGCACUAUUCACAGGCUCCACCAUGUCAAACAAAUCUUUUUCCUCGUAAGAUAAUUAGCUGAUUUACCUUACCUACCAUUUUACUCAACUAAAUAUUUUAUGUAUUUGUCUAAA